AUGUUUUCGUCUGCUCUUAAGUCGUUCAGUUCCAAUAUUUCCGCCAAUUAUCAAAUCUCACCUAACCCCACUGUCUACUCCGGCCCCUGGAAAAUCCACGAUGCAAAGAAGAAGUCCACCGGAACGGCGGCAUCGGUAUUCAUUUUUGAUCGCAAAUCGCUAGAAUCACGCUCUGGUGGGUUUGGGAGGAGCUCUGGGUCCUCCAAGAAGCUGCAGGACGAUGUGAUCGAGCGACUUAAGCGCGAAGCUAGCAACCUCGCGCGCCUACGACACCCGUCUGUUCUUCAGGUGCUUGAGCCUGUGGAGGAAACGCGUAGUGGUGGCCUUAUGUUUGCCACAGAACAUCUCACCGCCUCGCUCUCAGGGCUGCUGCUAGAAAAAGAUGACCAAGAGAAUACCACACGCGCUGGUUCGCGAACAAGCCGGUAUGUGGCUGAGGAGGCCAAUGGGACUCGGGGAAGAAGAGAUGUGGAAAUUGAUGAGUUGGAAAUUCAGAAGGGACUCUUGCAGGUUGCUAAGGGUCUUGAAUUCCUUCACGAGUCUGCAGGUUUAGUGCAUGGAAAUUUGAACCCGGAUGCCAUCUACAUCAAUGCCAAAUCAGAUUGGAAGAUCUCUGGUCUGGGAUUCGCGGGGCCUCCGGAUGCUUCUGAAACUCGUUCAUCGCUUCCCCCACUCGCUGUGUCUGAGGUUCUCUACCAAGAACCAAGACUUCCUGCUUCAGUGCAAUUGAACCUUGACUACACGUCGCCUGACUUUGCGAUGGACUCCAAUGUAUCGUCAGCUGCCGAUCUCUUCUCUUUGGGUCUUGUCAUCAUCGCUCUGUACAACUCUCCGCAUGUCUCGCCUCUACAAACGAACGGAAAUUUGACUACAUAUAAGAAACUGCUAAGCUCUCCAUCUUCAACUCCGUCACAGAGCAAUAAUUUCCUCUGCUCAAAGCCAAUUCCCAAGGAUCUACUUUCUUAUGUCCUGCCGAGACUCAUCACCAGGAGGCCCGCUCAACGCAUGAAUGCUCGAGAGUUCCAACAAUCACAGUACUUUGACAAUGUGUUGGUUUCCACUAUCCGGUUCCUGGAAUCCUUGCCAACAAAAAGUCCUAACGAGAAGUCUCAAUUCUUACGUGGCUUACAACGGGUACUACCCGAGUUCCCCGUUUCUGUGCUAGAAAGAAAACUUUUGGGGGCGUUGAUGGAUGAAUUGAAGGAUCGAGAACUCCUUCCGCUCAUAUUGCAAAACGUGUUCGGUAUUCUUCAGCGGGUCCCCAAUGGACGCCGUGUCUUCCCAGAGAAAAUCAUGCCUCGUUUGAAGGAAGUCUUUGGAACUGGCUCGGGCAAGGGGGCUAGUGAACGAGACUCCAAGAAAGAUGCGGGUCUCAUGGUUGUGCUUGACAACAUGAAGCUGAUUAGUGAUAAUUGUUCAGGGAUGGAGUUUAAAGAUGAUAUUUUACCCCUGAUUCGGCUCGGGCUCGAUUCUCCCACUCACUCUCUGGUCGAUGCUUCCCUGAAAUGCCUCCCUGUGAUGCUCCCAGUGCUCGACUUUAGUACCGUCAAGAACGAGGUAUUCCCUCCCAUUGCUGCCACUUUCAGUCGCACCAGCAGUCUCGCUAUCAAGGUCCGCAGUCUGGAGGCUUUCAGUGUCCUUUGUGGGGCCUCAGCAGAAGCCUCAGACGGGCUCGACGAUGAUCUGUCCGGAAUCCAGGCGGACAAGUCGAAAACAGCCAAGUCCUCGAUCUUGGAUAAGUAUACCAUUCAAGAAAAGCUCGUCCCAUCUCUUAAGGCGAUCAAAACGAAAGAACCGUCGGUGAUGAUGGCGUCCUUGAAGGUGUUUCGUCAAGUUGGAGUCGUCGCAGACACCGAAUUCCUGGCUUUAGAAGUUUUGCCGGUUCUCUGGAGUUUCAGUCUCGGGCCACUUUUGAGCCUCGAACAGUUCAAUGCCUUUAUGUCUCUGAUAAAAAGCCUUUCAACGAGAAUUGAACAGGAACAAAGCAAAAAGCUACAGGAGCUGUCAUCUGGCGCUGCAUCAACGGGUUUCCAGAAUAGCACCGACGAAUUUUCGCUCUCCGCCACAGGCAUCAGUUCGCCCGAUGCGGAUGCCGGUGCUGGUAGCUUCGAACGCCUUGUUCUUGGGAAGAAGGCGUCUCCUGCGAAUGGACAGAGCAUCGAUAUGUGGGGUAGCAUGGAGCCUGAGCCAGCCAAGCCAACAAUUUCCAGCAUGUCGCCUUCAUUCUCAUGGUCUUCAAAUAAUGCAGGGACGACACCCCAAGCCAACGCCUUGAGCCAGCAAUCUAAUCUUGGUUUCCGUUCCAUUACUCCAGAUCAGAAAUUGGGCUCUUUCCCGUCUCUUUCUCCUGCUCGGCAAACUUCACCGGUUGCCCAGGCCUUCCCUACAAUGCAGCCCUCAUCCUCUAUCUGGGCAGCCCCAAAUAAUUCCAAUGUUCGAUCACACACAGGCCCAACGGGUCAGUCUUUGGGGUCUAUGUCGACUAUGACACCCUCGAAUUAUAUGUCCAGGUCAAAGGCGCACCCAACACCCAACUACUCCUCAUUCUCAAUCCCCCUCCCCCAGCAGGAGGCAUGGGGUCUAACGCUAUUAGACCUCCGAUAA